AAUGGAAAAGAGGGAAGCCUGCUCCUCCACAAAACGAGAGAGAGAGAGAGGGAGAGAUCGAUCUUCAAAGUUGGAUGUAUUUUCUGUGAACAGAGAUGGGAGUUUUAUUAGGAAGCUGUUGCGUGUCUCAAUCUCUUCCUCCUUCCUCAGUCUCUUCUUCUUCUUCUCAUUCUCAAAGAAGAGAUGCCUUGAAGAGGAGGAAGAAGAAGAAGAUAGUUCCCAUGGCUUCCUUACAUCAUGAGAACCCAAAUGACAUGAAUUUCUUGAAAAGGAGAGCCUUUUUGCUUAUGGGUCUUUCUGCGUUCCCCGUUCUACAGCCCAGAGCAAGAGCUCUUGAAGAUUUUGCAGUGAAAGAAAAGCGAGAUAGAAGUAUGCCGGAGGUAGAUGGUCCCCAGAAUCUUCAGGGAAUCUCCUCUGGACUGCAAGACCAAACCGAGCAAGUACAGGCUCCAGUAAACCCUUUUGUGGGUCUUCUGAAUGAACUUGGAUUGUUUGGGUUAGGCGUUCUUGGUGCAUUAUAUGCAUUGACAUGGAAGGAAAAGACAGAGCUUGAAUCGACAAUCGAAUCUAUGAAGACUCAGCUAAGUGAAAAAGCAGAUGCCAUGGCUUUGCUGGAGAAGAACUUUGAGAGCAGAUUACAAAAUGAGCGAGAAGACAAACUCAAACAAAUAGGUAAGGCCAAAGAAGAGCAAGCCUCUUUGUUGGACCAGCUUUCUUCUGCAAACGCUGCAUUGAUGGUAGUUCGGCAGGAGUUACAUAGAGAAAAGAAGUUAGCCCAAGAGUUUAAAUUGCAGAUAGAUCAACUAGAGAGCAACAUCACACAAGCCGACGAAAAAAGAAAGAUUCUUGAAGCUAAGCUUCAAGAGAAGCAAGAUACAGUUGAUGUCCUACAAGACAGGGUAAGCUUGCUUUCCUUGGAGAUAAAGGACAAGGAAAUGAGUAUCGAAAAUCUCACCUCGUUGCUUGCCGAAAAGGAAUCAGAAUGUAAGAGCUUGAUUUCUAUCUGCGAGCAGACCAAAGCCAAUCUUGAGGAGGCAAAUUCCGCAGCUGAAGGGUUGAAAGCAGAACUCCUUAAAACUAGGGAGGAAUUAGAUUUGAAGAUAUCUUCAAUGGAAGAUUUGAAUGUGAGAAUAAAAUCAUUACUUGCAGAAAGAGACAAACUCAACAAAAAAGUUCAGUCUCUUCAGGAAGAAUAUAGCAAUCUCAAGUCAUCUUCCGAAAAACAAGCAGCCUCCGAUUCCAAACUCUUAUCGGACAAAGACCGUGAACUCAAUCUGCUUGAAGAAAAGCUCGGGGUUGCUUUGAGCGAAGCAAGCAGCAACCAAGAAGUGAUCACCGAUCUAACGAAAGAACGGGACCAUUUAAGUACGAGGUUGGAGAAGGAAACAAGCACUGUGAAGAAUUUGAGGGGUGAGCUUCAACUCACCCAAGAAGCUUUGGGAGUGUCUAGACUUGAGGCCACCAAUCUGUCGAAGCAAUUGAAACAGUCAAAACAGUCAUGCGAAGAACUUGCAUUGGAUGUCUCCAGGCUUCAGGCAGAACUUGCAGAAACGCAAAACUUGCUUAGUCAGAGUCUGGAUGAGGCAAAAUUUACUUCGAAAGCACUGUCGGAUGAACUCAUUUCAGUUAAAGAAGUUCUACUGAAAACGAAGCAAGAGCUAGUUGCUGUGACGGGAGAGUUGAAAGAUGCAGCAGCAGCUCAUGAGAGCCUAAAGAAGGAGCUGUUGGAGAUCUACAAGAAAGCCGAGAUUGCCACUCAUGAUUUGGGAGAAGAAAGAAAGGCAGUCACUUCUUUGAAGAAAGACCUGGAGGCAUCAAAGAAACAGAUUGCAACAGAUAAAGAAGCCCGGAUGAACCUUGAAACAGACUUGGAAGAUGCUACGAAAUCACUUGAUGAAAUGAACAAGAACACCUUAUUGCUAUCUAGAGAGCUAGAGAUUGUGAAUUCUAGAACCGCCAGCCUUGAAUCCGAGAAGAAUAUGCUCUACAAGUCCCUUAUCGAGCAAAAAGAUGCUACGAAAGAGGCAAAGGAGAAUUUAGAAGACGCCCAAGACAUCCUUACAAGGCUUAGUAAAGAGAGAGAAAAUCUGGAGAAGAGGGGUAAAAGGCUCGAAGAGGAACUGGCAGCAGCGAAAGGAGAGAUACUGCGACUGAGGAGGGAGAUGAAUUCGACAAGAAGCCGCCCGGUAAGCGAACCCACUCAGCCAAAGGGCAGAGAAGCUGAGGUUGGCACGCCCGUUACCGUGAAACGGAACGGUCGGAGGAGGAAGGCAGGGCCCACAUCAGAUGCUACUAAAUAGCGAAUUGAGGUCGGGAGUUCUAAUCUGUUCGAUAUCAUAUUGGAGAUAAUUAGCAUUACAUGAUUCUAAGUUUUUUUUUUUUUCUUUUUUUAUAAUUUAGCCAUUGUAGCAUAUGUGAUAUUCGUUUGGAUCACAUCGAUUCAUUCUAAUGUUUUGACUUGCAGAGAAUUUCAGUGUAUGGAUUUUGACUUGUAAGAAUUGAAAAUUUUUCAGGAUGGCUUUGUAUUGUGUAGGUGAGACACUGAGCUGUGCAAAUAGGAGAUAUUUUGCAAUGGGUUGUAGCUUA